CGUGUUCUUCACUAUCUCCUCCCCGUCCUCCCCGCCGCGCUGCACUGCAUUGCGCUGCACUGUAGCUGUUUGUGUCGAGCUGCAGAACACUGCACUACAUGCAAGGACGGCUCAGUACAGAGGCCCCCACCCAAUCACCUUGGGAUAUUCUUAGCCUGCAGUUGAGUAGAGAAGAAGGUCGAGUCGAGACCACCAAGAAAUGUCUGAAACCGUAGCAAUGCAAUAAAUGUCUGAAACCGUAGCAAUGCAAUCAAACCAGCCUGCACCUACAGCACCACCUCCAGGGUACCCUGGUUCAGGGUAUCCAGCUACACAAGCGCAAUACAGAUUUCCUCAAUACACACCUGGAUUUCCUCAAUAUUCAUCAACGUUUGCAGGACAACCUGUAGCUUAUGGACCUCUCCCAGUUCAAAGUCAGCCUAAUGUACCUGUGCCUGUAAUUUGGAUGCAAGCGCCUCCUACACCUCCCAAAUGUCCUCCUGGGUUAGAAUAUUUGAGCCAGCUUGAGCAGAUAUCAGUUGAAGAGCAAAUGGAGCUUAUGGAAAUGAUAAGUGGCUUUGAAACUUGCAACAGAUAUGAAGUCAAAAACUCUAUGGGGGAGAUGGUGUACUUUGCAGCUGAGGAAAAUGACGAUUUCACCCUGAAUUGUUAUGGACCAUUGCGGCCCUUCACCAUAAAGCUCUUUGACAGUGCAAGCCAGCCAGUCAUGCAACUGUCGAGAGAUUUCCAGUGUUCCUGUUGCUGCUGUCCUUGUGCUUGCUGCUUGCAAGAGCUUGAAGUUCAGGCUCCACCUGGCACAGUCAUUGGCUAUGUCAAGCAGAAGUGGCACCCCUGCCUACCUAAAUUUGCUAUCCAAAAUGAGGCCAGAGAAGUUGUGCUGAAAAUGGAUGGUCCUUGUGUGCCAUGCCGCUUAUGGGAAAAUGUUCAUUUUGAGGUGAAGUCAGUAGAUGGGAAAUCUACAAUUGGAGGAAUUACUAAGCAAUGGACUGGACUGGCAAGGGAGGCUGCUACAAAUGCCAGCGUCUUUGGAAUCCAGCUCCCAUUGGAUCUUGAUAUUAAAAUGAAAGCUCUCAUGCUCGGGGCUUGCUUCCUCAUAGAUUUCAUGUAUUUUGAACAACGAAGACAGCGAAGAGACAAUAAUUCAUAAUCCAGCUGACUUCUGCCCUUUGCUGUUUUCAGAGAAAAUUCUUGGCAUAGCUUCUGUUCUGCCUUGGCUAACAAUAGGAGAGAUUUUCAUUAAAACUAUUGACUUUUGACACCUGACAAUUAUGCCAGAAGCCAUAUUAUUUACAUUUAUGGAAGGAGUCAUUGACAGUGGAAUGUGCCUUUUAAUUUUUUUGAUACAGAAAUAAGAAAAUGUAUACAUUUUGGGUGAGAUCCUUCCCUUUUUGUAGCCCCAGUGCUCAUAGAAUGGUGGCCCUAAAUGCACACAAAUGAGAAAUAAUUAUGAUGAUUAUAUUAUUACAUUUAUAUCCCACCCUUCCUCUAAGGAGCUCAAGGUGGUAUACAUGGUGCUCUUCCUCCUUCUAAUUUUCCUCGCAACACUUUUGUGAGGUACAUUAGGCUAAGAGGCAGUGACGUUCAAUAUAACCCAAUCAGCUUUGUGACGGAGUGGAGAUUUGAACCUUGGGAGUCCAAGCUUCUAGUCCAUCAUUGUAACCAACGGAUACCACACUGGCUCGCAGGAAGUCAGUCAGUGGGCAUAAUUAGCUUUAGUAGAAGGCAACACAAGAAUGUGCAUGUGUGAGACAUCUAUAAUCACCUGUUCAACAGUGUCCCAGUGCAGUGGUUCCCAAACCUGAAAAUUGCUGAGGGUCUUGGCAGACCACGUAAUGACUUUUCUGCCUGUUUUAGCUAUUGCAAUGCAUUGUACUAAAUGUUAUAGGAUUUUUAAUUGUAUUUUUAUUGCUUCUUAUACACAUAAGAAAUAAAAAAGCAAUAAAAAUGCAAAAACUCAAUAGAGGUAUUUAAUGGGAUGGAUGUGCCAUCUCUGCCCACAAUACAGACAGGCCACAGAUCACCUGAAUAAAGCUCACAGACCACAGUUUGGGAACUCCUGCUGCAGUUGGUGCAGAGAGAAGAGCAACUGGGUCUCUGUUGAGACCUACAGGGCUCAUUUCACACACAAGCAAGGAUCACACCCAUAUUUUAUUUGUGCAGACAUAUGAAUUCAAAAGUGAAAUUACUACUUUGGUUUUGAGCCCUUAUUAGCACCUUCAUUGUAAUAGACACAGUAGGGCCCCGCUUUAUGGCGUUCCGUUUUCCGGCAUUCCGCUGAUGCGGCAGCUUUCAAUUAGGGGAAAUUCCCCGUUUUAAAGCCGAUUUUGCGCUUUUGCGGCAUUUUCAUGCCAUUAUAGUCAAUGGGUUCCACUUUACGGCGGGGGCCUGGUCCCUAACCCGCUGUAUAAGCGGGGCCCUACUGUACCAGAUUCAGCUCAGUAUAUCUUUCUGAGAUUUAUUAAAAGCUGUACUUUUUUUUUUUUGCUUUAUCCCAAACAUUCGUAGGGGAAAAAAUGUGGAACAUGAUUGUGAAAAUUUGAUAUUCAGAAAGCUAAAUAAUUUUCUCUUUAUCAUUUUGAUAUAAGCAACAUGAAUUUAGGGAGAAUGCAGACCCCUGGCAAGGUGUUCCUAGCGUCUGCCAGCAACCAAUUCAAGUUCUCCUGCAAAUUCAGUGUUCCUUUGCUGUGAGGAGGAAGCUGGACUGCAUCAUUUACCUGCCAAUGCCCAUGUAGCUGAUAGCAUUCAUAGGAGCUGGUUCCUUUGUAUUUAACAACAUUUAUAUACCGCUUGAUUGCAAAAAUUAACUUCUAACUGAAGUGGUGGAUACUCUGUUCAUAGGGUUUUCGUGGUAAGAGAUAUUCAGAGGUGGUUUACCAUUGCCUUCCUCUGAGUUUGGAUGCAUCUUAGUCUGGUGUUAUAACAAAUUAAACCAGAACUAUCACUAGAAGCUAAAAUGAUGAAACUGAGGUUAUCAUACUUUGGACACAUAAUGAGAAGACAUGAUUCAUUAGAAAAGAUAAUAAUGCUGGGAAAAACAGAAGGGAGUAGAAAAAGAGGAAGGCCAAACAAGAGAUGGAUUGAUUCCAUAAAGAAGCCACAGACCUAAACUUACAAGAUCUGAACCGGGUGGUUCAUGACAGAUGCUCUUGGAGGUCACUGAUUCAUAGGGUCGCCAUAAGUUGUGGUCGACUUGGAGGCACAUAACAACAACAAGUGAAGUGGUGAGUGGUGACAACACCUGCAAUCAGCUCAAAUAACAGAAACAGAAUGUGCUGUGCUGAUCUUGUUUUAGUAGGGAGGAAGCAACAAUAUUAAAACAGUUGAAAUACUUUAUAUAUGUUUGAUUUACUUUGCAAUUUCAGUGAAGUUUCCUAUAGUAAAUCAUUCUGUUUUG